UUGGGGAGGUUUUUCUGGGAGUGUACGUAGCAUUUGUAUGGAUACCAGCCCAGUGCUGGAGGGGAAUUCUUUUGAAUAAACUAGCCAAGAUGAGAUUUACAUAAAAAGAUGACUUUAAGAUUCAAAUAAAUGUGGGAACAGGAGAUUGGAAUUCAGUAUGAAAAAUAGGGAUUAAUCAAUAAUUACAAGAUUCCGUUUAGGACAUAGAGGAUUGAAUGCCAAUUUGAAUAAAAUUGAUAAGCAUCCUGCAGGGAAAUGUACUAAAUGCAAUGAAAAUGAAAUAGCCAAGCACACAUUAAUUUACACUGGCUAAAUAUAUGGGAAAAUCCAUAUGAAAGAUGGAGUUUUGGGAUUCUUAAAAACAGUCGAAUGGUGGCAGUAAUGCGCCUAAAGGUUUGUCAAUAAACAGAAAAAAAAAAAGAAGAAGAAGAAGUAGUAGAAGUUGACAUCAAAAAGCUGCUGGGCAAACAUGCGAGCUUUUUCUGUGAGUGUCCACAAGACAAAUGGCGAACGCCUGUGACUGUUGCUGAAUAAGUCUUGGCAGAAGUGUGUGAACUAAUAUUCUGUAAGCACACUGGAUUUGAGUUUGAUACAAGUGUUGGAAAUAUGACUUGCUCAGAGGAAGCAGAGGCACAAUUUGCAGAGAUAGAGCUUCUAUUAAGUAUGUUUCCAAGUGAAGAAGAGUUACACGUGGAUGAGCUGUCCCAUGCAGAGCUCAGGGCUUAUGUGGAGGGCUCAGCUCAUACUCCCCCCAGCACCAGACCUCAAUUCAGCAUCAAACUGAAGUUGGAGAACCUUGAAGUGAGCAUUACGUUGUUGUGCACUUACCCACCUGACUACCCGAAAGUGUUGCCAGAUAUUACUAUCAGAUGUUCUGAGCUCACUAGAUCACAGCAGAUGCUGCUUCACUCCAACCUCAACACCUACCUGUCUGAAAACUGCAGUGGUGAUGUUUGUAUUCUUUCUGCGGUGCAGUGGAUCAAUGAAAAUUCACAAGAAUAUAUAACUAAAAGUGUCCCUGUCAGCAAUCCCAAGAAGGAAAAUGUUUCAAAGCAGUCAAAUGAGACCUUCACUAGACUCUGGAUCUACAGCCAUCAUAUAUACAAUAAGAUCAAGAGGAAGAACAUUCUGGAAUGGGCAAAGGAGCUGAACCUUUCUGGGUUCAGUAUGCCGGGAAAGCCUGGUAUUGUGUGUGUGGAGGGUCUGCAGUCUGCUUGCGAUGAGUUCUGGGCCAGGGUGAAAGUUUUAACAUGGAAAAGAAUUAUGGUUCGUCACAGAGAGGAUGUCCCUUUGGAAAACGGCUCGAUGGAGGAGGGAAUUGACUCCCUCCGUAAGUUCAGUGGAUUUCAUGAAGCUAUUUUUGAACCUCAUGGGACCAGAGGAAACCACAUGGACCUUGGACAGCUUUAUCAAUUCCUUAAUGACAAAGGAUGUGCUGAUAUCUUUCAAAUGUACUUUGGCAUUGAGGGGAGAUAAUGCACACAGAGACACAGACAAACUAUUAUUUUGAAAUUUUGCCUUAAUUUUGGGCUUAAUAUUGAUAACAUUUAUUGUUGUCUCAAAAGGAUGCACCUGUGCCAUCACUCCUCAAAUUUCUCUUCUUCAUGAAGUGGGUUUAUCUGCCUGUGCUGUCUUUGAAACUCACUUCAAAUGGAGUUUAUCUUCCCUUUGUGGAAGACAACGUUGUUCCGACAGUGUGCUUUCGCUUAUAGAGACAUUCGUGCCUGCCCACUUUUUCAGCGACGUUGGUUCUGGAAGUAUUUUUUUCUAUUCAUUUUUCCCAUAGAGAUUUUUAAGUCUUUAAGUGUUAUAAUCAAUUAACUAAACCAACCAGCUACAAGGUGAAUCAUAAACUUUGAUAAAUCAAUCACAAACUUUGAUUUGAAGCAAAAAAGUAUUUUAAAAAAUUGACAUAAAAGCAAAGGUACAAAACUGUGUACUUAGCAGCUUUAUUGAGGAAGAGAACUACAAUCCCAUGAAGCAUUGCGAACAACAUAUGAACCACAAUAUGGGAGACUAACUUUAUUAAGUCACACGUUUUGCUUGUCGUGGCUCUCUGUUGGGUGGAAUUUUAUGUACAGCAUCAUGGGCAAUGUAUUUUUUCACCACAAAAUUUGUUAAACAUGAUUAUUUUAAAAAUCAGUUGCAAUGUUGCAGGAUGAUGGCUUCAACAGAAGCAAUUAACAUUUAUUAACAACCUUAUAGCUCAGUUGAGCUGUAUUUAAAGAUUUAUAAGUUAUCGUUAAAUCAAUAUCUCUAGAGUGUUUACUUAAGAACCUGAUUGUUGUACUCUCUUGCAAGGACUCUGGAGAUCACUAAAAUGAAUAUUAAAGAGGUGUGUGAACUCGCAAGACACCGUAA